UGUCGGUGAAUGUACUGUGGUGCUUUAUCAGUUGCUCCCGCUGCACUCUGAACUCCGUUCGACUCAAGUUUUUUACCUAAAGGACUUAAAAGGUGUGUGAGAGGACCUGUGUUAGAAAGUGGACUUUGAGCUCAGUGGCGUCCAUCCUCUUGAAUUCAAGAGGACUGACAGAGGAAGAAACAAUGAGUUCGCCACAAAAGAAAGAGAGAAGUGCAAAAAAAUGCAGAUCUCACCACUGUCAACAAUGUGAGAAAGACUUCCCUACUUCACAUCGUUUAAAGAUUCAUCAAAGAAUUCACUCUGGAGAGAGACCCUACAGUUGUGACCAGUGUGAGGAAACAUACACCUCUCCAGGAAAUCUAACAAUUCACCAGAGAGUACACACGGGAGAGAAACCGUUUCAUUGCCAGGAGUGUGGCAAUAGAUUCAGAACACAUGGGCAUCUACAAAGUCACUGUAAAAGAUAUCACACUGACGAGAAACCUCAUAGCUGUAAGCAGUGUGACAAAGCAUUCAAGACGGCGGGAGACCUAAAGGUUCAUGAGAGAGUUCACACUGGAGAGAAACCAUACAGCUGUAAGCAAUGUGGGAAAACCUUUUCAAGGUCAAGUAACUAUAGAAUCCACCAACAAACCCAUAGUGGAGAGAAACCCUUCAGCUGUGAGCAGUGUGGGAAAACUUUUUCUCGGUCAUGUCACCUCAAGAGUCACCAAAUCAUUCACACUGGAGAGAAAUCGCACCGCUGUGAUGAAUGUGGAAAAACCUUCACUCGACUAGAAGGCCUAACAAUCCACCAACGUAUCCACACUGGAGAGAAACCGUACAACUGCAGGCACUGUGAGAAAGCUUUCAUUUCUUCAACAGAUCGCAGGGUACAUGAACGAAUCCACACUGGACUAAAACCAUACAGCUGUGAGGAGUGUGGGAAGAGUUUCACUCAGCUGUCUGCUUACAAGAAUCAUAGAAACAUCCACACUAAAGAAAAAACCUACCCCUGUCAGCAAUGUGGAAAAGUCUUAAAGUCAUCCACUGCAUAUAAGUAUCAUGAAAGUAUCCACACUGGAGAAAAACCCUACAAGUGCAAACAUUGUGAGAAAACAUUCUCUUCAUCAAACACAUGCCAAAGACACGAGCGUGUCCACACUGGAGAGAAACCAUACAGCUGUGAGCCAUGUGGGAAGAGUUUUAGUAGUUCAUCUUCAUAUCGGACACACAAGCUUUUCCACGCUGGAGUCAAACCACACCAGUGUCAACACUGUGACAAAGGUUUCUAUUUAUCAUCCAAACUCUCAGAGCAUCAGCGUGUCCACACAGGAUGUAAACCGUACUGGUGUGUUAAAUGUAAGAAACUCUUUGCCUGGACAGCUCAGCUAAAGACACACAAGUGUGUCUAAAAAAGCUUCCCUUUUAUUCAAAACGUGUUACUACAACACCAAACCUGAACCCUGUGGUAAGAUUUUCUGACCACAGUCCUGAUUUGAUACAAUACUUGCAUUUAACUAAAUGUUGAGUCAAUAUGCCUCUGACACAUUGUAAUAAUUGCUGUAGACACUUAAUUCAUCACACCGUAUUUGUCACAAGAUACCUGAUCCGAAUACUGAUUCAAAAUAUAAAGUUUAUCAGGUCAAAUAAUUGAUCUGAUAUAAAUGAAAGUUUAACUGGAUAAUUUGACUCCUGAAAUUUACUUGAUGUGAUAGCUUUACAAGAAAAGCCUCAGGAGAUGAAACAGUGUGCAGGUCCUACUGCUAGCUAGCCAGCAGUCUGCAGAUAUCAGACUGAUAUGUACUCAGUUGUAUUUACCUAUAUGCAUUCUGAUAAUCGUACAUGUGAUAUACUUUGUGUAAUUAUAUAUGUUUAGAUCAGCUUACCCGUGUUUUAGCUAUAAUGAACAUUUGUUUUGUCUUUUGCCCACUCUUUUUUUCCUGUGACAACUUGAGUUUUAAGGCUAAGAACGUCUUUCUUUGUCACAAUCCUAGUCUGCUUCUCUUUCUUGUACUUAGAAUUACUGUGAUUCUUGUUUUGAGUCUGUCUGUGUAAUGGUUAGGUAGGUUCAUUGAUUUAUGGAUUACUCUGGAUCGGUCUGUUCUCCUGUGCUUGAUUAUUUGGUCUGUUCUGUGUCAGGUGUUGUGCUCAUUUGCCCGUGUUUAAAUGGUUGUCGAGUGUGUUAGUUGUUCCUGCCUGUAUCCCUGUCUGGUUGUAUACCCGGAUCUUCGUUGUCUUUAAGUCUGCUUUUGGAUUUUGGUUUCUUUAUGGCUUUUGUCACAAAAUUUGGAUUUUUUUGUUUGGACAUUACCUCUGCUUAAUGGAUUUGUUUGGACUCCCUCUGUAAGCGUGCUAACUUUUUGUUAAUAAAUCUUGAGAACUGAA